AAUCAAAACCCCACCUCAAGAAUCCGAGACACAAGACCUCUACAACAAUAACGAGUAGACUUUCUUGUCACGAAGAAUCACAAUUAAAGUUAACGUCUAUCUUGCGUCAAUAUGGUGCUUGCUAAGUCCAAGAAUGCCGUUGGGCUGGGAAAUAGUCUGAUGAAUGAUCGAUUUGGAAAAGGCAAAGGAUCCGAUCGCAAGAAAGUCACGACUGCUGGAAUUCACAGGAUAAACCAUGCUACAGGAGAGACUUAUGUCACGAACGAGAGGAAGGAGGCCAGCUGGGUCAAGAUGCGCUCAGUCACGGAGCAAGCGGCCCUCGACGAGUUCUUAUCUACAGCAGAGUUGGCAGGCACAGAUUUCACGGCAGAGAAGAUGAACAAUGUCAAGAUUAUCCACACCGAUCAGAAGAACCCAUACCUAUUGUCAGCAGCAGAAGAGAGGGCAGCAGUCGGAAAGCAGAAGGCGCAUAAAGGCAAACUUACCGUACCUCGAAGACCAAAGUGGGACUCCUCAACCACCCCCGAGCAACUCGAUCGCAUGGAGAGAGAUAGUUUGUUGGAAUGGAGAAGAGGGUUGGCCGAGCUACAAGAGAAUAACGACCUCCUCAUGACACCUUUCGAACGAAAUCUUGAAGUCUGGAGACAAUUAUGGAGAGUUAUUGAGAGAUCUGAUUUAGUGGUCCAAAUUGUCGAUGCUCGGAAUCCCUUGUUAUUCAGAUCAGACGAUUUGGAGAAAUACGUAAAGGAUGUGGACCCUCGAAAGGAAAAUCUGUUACUAGUCAACAAAGCAGAUAUGUUGACCUUGGAGCAGAGGCAAGCAUGGGCGGAUUAUUUUGAGGCUGCCGGAAUUUCCUACAAAUUUUUCUCGGCCUCUUUAGCGAAGGAAAUGAAUGAAGCUCGGGACUUAGAGGAAGAUGACAACGAAGAGGAGGACGAGGAUGAAGAGGAUGAAGAACCCGCUGCUUCAGGCUCGAAAUUAGCCCAAAAAGCUGGGAAGCUUGACAUUGAGGAUCACGAUCUUGAGCAAGAUGACGAGACAGAUGAAGGAGAAGAGGAAGAGGAGGAAGAUGAAAGCACUCGAAUUCUGACAGUGGAUGAGCUCGAAGCUCUCUUCUUGCUACAUGCACCAGAAAACCUUGAUGCUGAUUCGGAAAAUCCACGAAAGACGCAAAUUGGAUUGGUAGGAUAUCCCAACGUCGGUAAAUCGUCCACCAUCAACGCUUUGAUUGGAGCGAAAAAGGUCUCUGUUUCUUCAACGCCUGGAAAGACGAAGCAUUUUCAGACUAUUCAUCUCAGCGACAAAGUGCUCUUAUGCGAUUGUCCAGGUCUUGUGUUUCCCAAUUUUGCGACUACCAAGGCCGAGCUUGUGUGCAAUGGUAUUUUGCCAAUCGAUCAAUUGAGAGAGUUUACUGGCCCGGCUGGAUUAGUUGCUAAGCGCAUUCCUCAACCAUUCUUAGAAGCUCUAUAUGGUAUGAAAAUCAAUAUCAGACCUCUAGAGGAAGGCGGAACUGGCAUUCCUACAGCAGAAGAAAUGUUAGUUGCUUAUGCCAAAGCCCGAGGAUUUACGAGAACUGGCCAAGGACAACCCGACGAGUCAAGAGCUGCUCGGUACAUCCUGAAGGACUAUGUCAACGGGAAGCUGUUGUUUUGUCAGCCACCUCCAUUAGACGUCGACCCCAUGGAAUUCAAUAGAGAGCUUUACGACGAAGGACAUCUUCCCGAGAAGCGACGACAAGCAUUGGCUUUGAUGGAUUCGUCCACCGAUGAUCAUGCUUCAGUCGCAGACUCGGAUGUCAUCCCUUUGGAAGGUGCUAAGUCACGAAAACUCGACGGAGCUUUCUUUUCCCAGGGCCAGGGGAACUCGGCACACCUAAGAAUGCCUUUCAACCACAAAUACUCUGAGCAAGGAACAGCGAGCGGUAAGCAACUUUCAGGUCGAAAGCAGAAGACGAUGCUUGCUAUGGAGAAAGAUGUCGAUCCAAGCGAUGUAGCGCUGUUAACAAGCAAAAAGCACUUCAAGGGUGGAUCGAAACACAAGGGAAAGCGAAGAGCGAAUUAUUUUGAGGAUUGAGCUACCUUACCGUGGGUUAUUUCUGUGUUUGGGAUUUCCAUCUUGCAUUAGCAAGAUUAGAAUGGUGGCUAGGUAUUUCAUGGGGAAUGAGGUAUGCAUCUGGAGGGCGUUUGUCUUGAUGGGUGGGG